AUGAGGUGGUGUGUUGCUGUCGUCUUGGUGGUGCUGCAGCUCUGCAGCCCGGCGCUGCAGUCUGACCCUCUGCUUUACAUGAUGCAGGAUGGGCAAGAACAACACAAAGCAUGGCUUAACCCUGCAUUGGAAAACAUCGUCCCAUCCCGAGAAGUCUCAAAAUCUGCCAAAAUUCGAGACAUCCCAGAAACUGAGACGACCUCACGCUCCUUCCCAAUGUUUGGGGAAUACACCAACCUCAAGUGGGUGCCAUGGAACGGCUCCCUCCCAAACGGGGCCGUCGCCAUCUUCAACGGCUACACCGAGCGUACCGACUACGUGUGCAAAGUCAACUGCGAGGCCGGCUUCUACACCACCAGCAAAGGGAAGUUCUGCCAGUACCCGUACGCCGACAGCGAGUACAAGUCAUCAAAGUUUGAUGUGCUCGUCAACGUGGACCACUUUGAGUUCCUGCAGUGGGUGGAGGAUUCUUACGGAUCAGUCCCUCAGUACGCCAUCAAAACCUGCCCCAACUCAGACAUCUACGUGGGUAAAAACAAGUAUGGGCUCGGCAAGGUCGUGACCCGGCACGAGGCCUUCUUCCUCCCCUAUGAGGGUGAAGAGUACUGGUACAAAGACUACCAGGUCCUGGCUGUCAACACAGAGAGCUACAGCCAGCACAUCUCCCACGUCGAGUACGGCAUCGACCAGAUGGAGCUCUUCUACUAUCCUCCGGAGGCCCUGCAGCUCGCCAAGGUCACCAACCUGGAGUGUAAAAGCGUGGAGAAGACGGUGUCUCUGGAGAAGACCAGCUCAGUGUCAAAAACCUGGGACAUCGGCAGAGAGACCAGAAACAGCUCUGUCUCCACCAUGAAGGCCAAAGUCCCCAUCCUGGGCCCGGGGACUGUGGACUUCACCAAGGAGCAGACGGUGACCUUCUCAGAGGGAACCACCAUGACGGAAACUAUGAGUCAUGCCGUCACCGUGCAGCUCCUCGUCCCACCCAACCACUCCUGCACCGUGAGGAUGGAGGGCAGGAAGAUGACGGCCGACAUCCCCUUCACUGGCCGGCUGAGCAGAACCAACCACAACGGAGAGACCCACUGGACGUACAUCACAGGAACCUACGACGGCGUGAACGUCGGGGAGAUCAACGCCGUGGUGGAGAGGUGUAAGCCGGUGGAAGAUGCUGAUCCCUGCCCCCCAGAAGAAAACUGA